AAGACGUUUGUUGGCCUGGUGUGACUCUCAUUGGACCAUGUCUGAGAGCAAUUGCCUUCCCACCACCCCUAGGACACACACAACUUCCACUCUUACUCCUUGCUUGCUCUUUUUCAUGGUCCCCUUUCCAUUUCUGGUCUGUCAGAGGGGUCCAGCCUGGGUGAGUUCUGCCACGGGACUCCUGGCUAGACAAGAGCUCUCACACUUUGGGGGGGACGGGGACGACAGGCUGGCUUACAGACUCUGCCUCUGCACCAGUCCUGUGCCACGGUCUACUCCUCGCAGGACAGUGUGCGUGGACCACAGCCUGACACUGGACAAGCAUGCCCUGGUUACCUGAAACCCCUGAGAGGCCCUCUCACCCUUGCUCCUGGUGUUCCAGAUUCCUCAUGGCGUCUUGACCCUCUUCUUAGGACCCAUAAACUAAUUCUCCCCCAUUUCCCUCUCUCUCUUUCUGACACAAGAUCUCACCAUGUAGUCUUUGCUGGCCUGGAACUCACUAUCAGGUUAGCCUCAAAUUCACAGACAUCUGCCUGCCCCUGCCUCCUAAGUGCUGGGAUUAACAGUAUGUGCCACCAUGCUUGGAGACCCCAAAAUUCCUAUCUCUCUCCCUUCGUGUACACACUCACUCAGAUAGCAAAGAUCACCUGGGACCAGGGAAACUGGAUGAGGUGGGAAAAGAAGAAAGCAUAAAAGUUUCUUUCUGUACUUCUCUGCCCUGCCCAGCACCCUUUCCUCCCCGCUCAGCCUACCUCAGCCUCCCCUGCACAGGAGUCUUGAUACCUUCCCACCACAGACCCUGUGUGGAGCUGGGCUCCAUGCGAUCACACACUUGUCAUCCCUGAUAUUAUUAUAGAUGUAGCCAGUUUCAGCCAUGGAACUGGGUUGUGGUCCAAGACGUGGGAGGAAGUGCUAGGAAGAACACUUGAAGAGAACCCGCUAAAGCGGCGUGUUUUGUUAGGAAGUGGGGAGAGAGAAACCGGGAGUGCAGUAGUAAAAAUAAGGUCUGCGUAUUCAAGGUUAGAAUUAGGGGCGAUGCUUAUGAGUACAGAAACAGGGAGCUGGGGGAACAGAGAGGGAAGGGGGGAGAAGCAGAGCAGCCUGGAUAGGGUACCCAAGUAAGGACUGGCUCAUCACGAAGCAAGCAGAGUUUGGAGGGCACAGCCUAGGGGAUUCCAAGGCAUGCAGGACCCUUGUCCUCGGGCAUUUUUACAUAGACUUAGGGACCAAUGGUUAGGCUCCCUAUGUGGUGGAGCCACAACCAGAAAACCAAACAUGAACUUCUCUGCCAGCUGCGAUACUCCAGUCCGUCUACGGAAGUGCAGUCCGCAUGACCCAGGAACCGGAAGUCUUUGUCAGUCGCUGAAUUAGCCGGCAAAGGGUCUGUGGCCUCUUUAAGAAGGGGCGGGAACAGCAGCUAGAGGAAGUGAUGCCACAGCAGCUGCGGAAGCCGGAAGCUGCUGCCUGAGCACCGCGCGGGGUGAUGUCCGCCAGCGGGGCUGUGCAGCCCGGGCCCCCGGGGGCUGCUGUUGGGCCUUCGCCCUCCGCGGCUGGAUCGCCAGCCACGGGGCCCUUGUUCCGGCCCCUCAGCGCCGAGGAUGAGGAGCAGCAGCCCACCGAGAUCGAGUCGCUGUGCAUGAACUGUUACCGGAACGGCACGACGCGCCUUCUGCUCACCAAGAUCCCCUUCUUUAGAGAAAUAAUCGUGAGCUCCUUUUUCUGCGAGCACUGUGGCUGGAACAACACGGAGAUCCAGUCAGCAGGCAGGAUCCAGGACCAGGGAGUGCGCUACACUUUGACCGUCAGGGGCCAAGAGGACAUGAACAGGGAAGUGGUGAAGACGGACUCUGCCACCACGAGGAUCCCGGAGCUGGAUUUUGAAAUUCCAGCUUUCAGCCAGAAGGGAGCUCUGACCACCGUUGAAGGAUUGAUCAGCCGGGCAAUCUCUGGCCUAGAGCAGGACCAGCCCACACGACGGGCAAUGGAACAUGCUGUAGCUGAAAGGAUCGAUGUGUUCAUUGGCAAACUGAAGGACCUAAAGCAAGUGGCUUCCCCGUUCACUCUGAUCAUUGAUGAUCCCUCGGGAAACAGCUUUGUAGAAAACCCACAUGCUCCCCAGAAAGAUGAUGCCCUGGUGAUCACACACUACAACCGGACACCACAGCAGGCUGAGAUGCUGGGUCUCCAGGCAGAAGCACCAGAAGAGAAGUCAGAAGAGGAAGACCUCAGAAAUGAAGUGCUCCAGUUCAACACCAACUGCCCAGAGUGCAACGCCCCAGCUCAGACCAACAUGAAGCUAGUCCAAAUCCCCCACUUUAAAGAGGUUAUCAUCAUGGCCACCAACUGUGAGAAUUGCGGGCAUCGGACUAAUGAGGUGAAGUCUGGAGGAGCAGUGGAGCCUUUGGGUACCAAGAUCACCCUCCACAUCACAGAUCCCUCAGACAUGACCAGAGACCUCCUCAAGUCCGAGACGUGCAGUGUGGAAAUCCCGGAGCUGGAGUUUGAACUGGGAAUGGCUGUCCUUGGGGGCAAGUUCACCACUCUCGAGGGGCUUCUGAAAGACAUCCGAGAAUUGGUAACCAAGAACCCAUUCACAUUGGGUGACAGCUCGAACCCUAACCAGACGGAGAAACUGCAGGAGUUUAGCCAGAAGUUGGAGCAGAUCAUCGAGGGCAAGAUGAAGGCCCACUUUAUCAUGAACGAUCCAGCAGGAAACAGCUACCUGCAGAACGUGUACGCCCCUGAAGAUGAUCCAGAGAUGAAGGUAGAGCGCUAUAAGCGUACCUUUGACCAGAAUGAGGAGCUCGGGCUCAAUGACAUGAAGACAGAGGGCUAUGAGGAAGGCCUGGCCCCACAGCGGUAGCAGUGCCCAGCUCACAGGCCAGCCUCAAUGCCACCAGCACCACAGGCUGAUUUGUGACUGUUAGCAAGCGAAGAGCGUCCAAGCCCUUGCCCAUGGUGAGGAGAUUGCUUGAACCCAAGAUUGAAGCACACAGAAGUGAGUGGCUGGUGGUGCAGCGGCAAGCCUGCCAUGCUCCUGGACCUUCUUUUGGAGGUUUGGAGUGGUCUGAGAAGAACCCCAGAAACACCUUGUGGUCUGCCUUCACCUUUUGUCUAUCGGCUCUCGCCCUUUGGUGCUGCGCCUCUGAAGUUCGGUGCAGUGAAAUACACAUUACAGCUGGCUUCCGGCUUUCCCAACUUUGAGCAGGAAAGAACUUGGGGCUGGGGGGGUCUGGAGCAUAGGUGAAGAUGCUUACAUUAAAGUGAUGGCUUAUAGACA